GAACUGCAGCCCGUGCUCCGGCGGGAGCUGCAGCUGGUGGGCGUCUCCGCCCUCCUGAUUGCCUGCAAGUACGAGGAGAUCUGGGCUCCUGAGGUGAAUGAUUUCAUACUGAUCUCCAACAAUGCCUACAUGAGGGAGCAGAUUCUAAAGAUGGAGAAGGCGAUCCUCAACAGGCUCGAGUGGAGCCCGAGGAUGCCCAUGCUCUACGUCUUCCUCGUGCGCUUCGCCAAGGCCGUGUCUUCCUCCUCAGACCACAAGAGCGACAAGGAGAUGGAGAACACCGUCUUGUUCUUCGUGGAGCUGGCGCUGCUGCAGUACGGGCUGGUGCAGUCCAAGCCCUCCACGGUCGCCGCCGCUGCUGUCUACGCUGCCAGGCUCACCCUCAAGAUGACCCCGCUGUGGACCGACACCCUUAGGCACCACAAUGGCUUCACUGAAGCGCAGCUGGUGGACGCUGCCAAGAUCCUGAUCGGAGGGCAUGGUAUUAAGUUGCGGUUCUUUGGCCAGGAGACAAGGCAAACAUGUCGCUGGCAUGGACGGUAG